AUGUCAGGAAAUUAUUGGUCUUCUAGUCAGUUGCUACAAUUCUACUUACCAGGGAAGCAUAAGUUGUCCGAGACCAAUGCCUUUAGUGAAGAAUCAAUUGUGCACUGGAAACGAAUUCAGGAGAUUGGGGAUAAAAUUGGGCUCAACCAAAGGGUUUUGGCGACUGCUUCCGUCCUUUUGAAGCGAUACUUUUUAAAGAAAGAAGAAAAAAUCGAGUAUACUUUGGAGCAAUAUGUUUCGGCUUGUGUAUAUUUGGCCUGCAAAGUAGAAGAGAGCCCAGUUCAUAUUCGGACGAUUUGUAACGAAGCAAAUGUACUCUGGAGUUCGUCGCUACCGAUUGACAGAUCUCAAGUAGCCGAAUUGGAGUUUGAGAUUAUUUCUGUAUUGGAAGCGUAUCUUAUUGUUUACCAUCCCUAUCCGACUUUAGAACAGAUCUUUCGAGAUGGGUUGAUUACGAAAACCCAAUUGCAAUUAGCAUGGAAUAUCGUGAACGAUUCAUACGCUACUGAUUUAUGUCUUUUGGUUCACCCUCACCAAAUCGCCUAUGCUGCCUUGAUAUUAAGUUGCUGUGAUGACGAACACACGAUGAAUCGACUGGUAGAUAUACUAAAGGCGUCUGACCCGUUGAAGAUUGUUUUAAGUAUUCAAGCUUUACUGUCUAUUUACUACCAGGAUGAAAGGGGUUGA